CACCAACACUUCACGCGUUUAUUUAAACAAAGUUGCAUUUCAAGCAAGCUAACUUCAUGAUUCUUUCAUUUCCAAUUUCAGAUCGUAACCAUUUCCAUUUCUCUCUCCAUUUUCCAGGUUCUAUCGUUUAUUUAAUUAAUCAUUCUUCAAAUUCACGAUCUUUUAAUUUUCUCCAUUUCAUUUGUAAAUAUAUUGAUUUAGAUUUUAAUCUGUUGAAUCAUAUUUUUCAAGUUCAACAGAUUUGUACUAGAUUCAUACUUAUCAUUGAUUUGAUUUCUGAUUGUUGUUAUUGCAAUUAGAUCAGAUAUCACUGAUUUUUCGAAUUUGAAUUGCUGAUAAAUGAAUACUGGUAGCUCAAUUGGAGUUUCUACUAUGAAUUUUAGUUGUAGAACUCUGAUUAGUCGUAGUAGAAAUUCAUUCAUUUUAGGGAUUUCUAAGAACAGUAUCCUGAUUGAUGAUUUGUCGACGUUACGGAGUUAUAGAUCGAAUUAUAAGCUUAGGAGGUAUAAAUAUGAUCACUGUACAUCCAAAAUCGUAGGUAGUAAAUGUAAGAAUGGCUCGAAUCGGAAGGAUUUUAGUGAUUCCGGUUCAUGGGGUCGGGCUAAGAUAUUUAGGCGAUGUUGUCGUGGUAACGAUAGGAGUAGGGGUGUUUCCAUGGUAAUGAAUGUGGCGUCGGAUGUGAGGAAUCAUUCGACAUCAUCAUCAUCAUCCUCGUCGUUGUCUGAAGCUCGUGUUAAUGAGAAGAGCUUUGAGAAGUACUACAUUCAAGGUGGGUUGAAUGUAGGUGUAGACGCAAAGCCUUUGGUGAUAGACAGGAUAGAAGAUGGUUCAGGAUUAGGAGUAGAAGAAAAAGAGGAUAGUAUAGGUGUAAAUACCAAUGACAUAGAGGGUAUGAACGAGGUUGAAGCUUCCUCUCAUAAAGCCAAGUUUUCGGAGAUUGAGCAGGAGGCUUGGGGGCUGUUGAGGAACUCAAUUCUGAAUUAUUGUGGAAAUCCAGUUGGGACAGUGGCUGCAAAUGACCCCAAUGACAAGGAGGCGCUUAACUAUGAUCAAGUUUUUAUCCGUGAUUUUGUCCCUUCUGCACUUGCAUUCUUACUCAAAGGGGAAGGAGACAUUGUGAAGAAUUUUCUGCUUCAUACUUUGCAAUUGCAGAGCUGGGAGAAAACUGUUGAUUGCUAUUCUCCUGGACAAGGGUUAAUGCCAGCAAGUUUUAAAGUUCGAACCGUGUCUCUUGAUGGAGAAGAAGGAGUCUUUGAAGAAGUUCUGGACCCGGAUUUUGGUGAAGCAGCCAUUGGACGUGUGGCCCCUGUUGAUUCUGGUUUGUGGUGGAUUAUUUUGCUGAGAGCUUAUGUAAAGAUUACUGGUGAUUAUUCACUACAAGAAAGGGUGGAUGUUCAGACAGGGAUGCGACUGAUUCUUCGCCUGUGCUUAACUAAAGGAUUUGAUAUGUUCCCUACACUUUUAGUCACGGAUGGUUCCUGCAUGAUUGAUAGGCGCAUGGGCAUACAUGGUCAUCCUCUUGAGAUUCAAGCCUUAUUCUACUCAGCUUUACGGUGCUCACGUGAGAUGCUAAUCGCCAAUGAUGGGACCAAAAGUUUGGUGGCAGCAAUCAACAAUCGGUUAAGUGCACUGUCUUUUCAUAUUAGGGAAUAUUAUUGGGUUGACCAGGAGAAGCUCAAUGAAAUAUAUCGUUACAAGACAGAGGAAUAUUCUACUGAUGCCAUCAACAAGUUCAAUAUCUAUCCAGAACAGAUACCUUCAUGGUUGGGAGACUGGAUCCCUGAGAAAGGUGGUUAUUUCCUUGGUAAUCUUCAACCCGCUCAAAUGGAUUUCCGUUUUUUCACACUUGGGAAUCUUUGGUCUAUCAUUUCAUCUUUGGGGACACCCCAGCAAAAUGAGAGUAUGCUUAACUUGAUUGAAGCAAAAUGGGAUGACCUUAUAGCGGAUAUGCCUCUUAAAAUAUGUUUCCCUGCUCUGGAGUCCGAGGAAUGGCGCAUUAUCACUGGCUGUGAUCCAAAGAACACUCCAUGGUCAUAUCAUAAUGGUGGAUCUUGGCCUACACUUUUGUGGCAGUUCACACUAGCUUGCAUAAAGAUGGGGAGGCCGGAGCUAGCUGAAAAAGCUAUUAAUUUGGCUGAGAAAAGGCUAUCAGUGGAUAAAUGGCCAGAGUAUUAUGAUACUAAAAAGGGACGGUUUAUUGGUAAACAGGCACGGCUGUAUCAAACUUGGACUAUUGCUGGGUAUCUAACAUCGAAGAUGCUCCUAGAGAACCCUGAUGCUGCUUCUGCCUUGAUUUGUGACGAGGAUUAUGAGCUUCUUGAGAUAUGUGUUUGUGCACUCAACAAAGGAGGCAGAAACAAGUGUUCUCCUGGUGUCACAAGACAUCAGCAUAUGGCAUAGUUCUUGAUAUUGGUUGCCAAGUCUCUGUUUCCAAACAUGCAAAUUUGUCAUGAAACUUUGAUUAUGUUUCUACUGUUAAACUACACAAUGCAGUGCUUUAUGUACCUAUGAGCUAAGCUUUUACUGCAAACUCCAGAUGGUAAUAAGAUUAAUGGUGGUAAUUGUUUUACCAACAUGCAAACUUGUUGUAGAUUCUAGAAAUGUAUGAACUAGAUGAAACGUGACAUUUAGUAAUGAACAUGUACCUGACUCACUGUUACUACCACCA